CGGGGCGGAAGUGACGUCGAUGGUCCUGUUCGGUUCCGUGUUUACAUGCAUUCAGCUCUCGGAAAAAUAUAAAAAUAGAGAUGUAGAAGACGGUGGAGACGGGGAAAAAUUGAGGUACUGUUUUCAGUCUCUGACAGAAGUGUUUAAGUUGCAAAUAUGUCUUCUGCCUGUCCACCUCAGUCACCAGCUGUUGCAAAAACAGAGAUUCCCUUGGACAGUGGGUCACCUUUGUUGGCUGCUACUUUUGCAUACUGGGACAACAUUCUUGGUCCGAGAGUGAGACAUAUCUGGGCUCCAAAAAGCGAACAGCUGCUGCUAAGUGAUGGAGAAAUAACAUUUUUGGCAAACCACACCUUAAAUGGCGAGAUUCUUCGGAGUGCCAAAAGUGGAGCUAUUGAUGUCAAAUUUUUUGUACUGUCAGAGAAAGGGGUAAUCAUCAUCUCAUUGAUAUUUGAUGGCAAUAUGAAUGGUGACCGUAGUACUUAUGCUCUGUCAGUGAUAUUGCCACAAACUGAACUGAGUUUCUACCUACCUCUGCACAGAUUGUGUGUGGACAGACUAACACACAUUAUUAGAAAAGGAAGAAUAUGGAUGUAUAAGGGACAGAGCAUUAUAUCUUUCCUAACAACAGAGAUCACACCUGUCAUGGAAUUAUUUUCAUCCAUGAAAACACAUGGCGUUCUUGAAGAAGUUCAAAUUAAGGAUACCCUUUUGAAUGAUGAUGAUAUUGGUGACAGCUGCCGCGAAGAUUUUCUGCACAAACCUACAAGGAUGAAUGAUGUUGAUUGGCUUCCUGCUGAAGAAAUGGCUGAUUACACAAAGGAGGAAGCCACACUGAGGCAGGGGAAAGCAACGAUGCUAGUCAUGCAACAACCAGAAUGUUGGUCUGCUCAAGAUGAAAUUUAGGGCCAUUAGCUCUCACUUGCAGACAUGUGGGUGUUCUGUUGUCAUAGGAAGCAAUCCAGAAAAAGUGAACAAGAUGGUUCGAACAUUGUGCCUUUUCUUGCCUCCAACUGAACGAAAA